AUGUUGUUUCUUAAGGACCAUAAACAAAUAGCCGACUGUCGAGUCUUGGAGGGAUUGCCGAGAUAUUCCUCCAUCCCCACAUACCUGCCUGUCAACUACCAGGUGCUCAAUGCUGACUUGGCAUUCUUCCUGAAGGAAGCCAACCAGGACUUAAUGAGGAACUCUAGCCUGAUGUCACGCACUGAGCCCUUCUUCAUCUACCAGGCCAGAAGUUUGCCCUCAGUGAACGCUAGCUAUGGGCCCCUCUCUUUGGAGCAGCCUGUCCCUUUAGAGCUCCUACAGGCCCCAGGGACAUUUCCUGCCUCUUCCCUUUUUACUGUCAACUGGAAGGUGCAGACCUUUAUCAUGAAUACCAGGAUUCACUUGGCCAAGCCCAAAGUCCAGGUCCUGUUUUAUAUCGCAGGCAGGGACUGGGACGACUACAGUGCCAUAGAUAAACUGCCCUGCGUGCACAUGUUUGCUUUCCAUGAGACCCAGGAGGUGCGUGGCACUUGCCAACUGAAGGGGGAGCUGGGGCUGUGUGUGGCUGAGCUGGAGCCGUUGGCCAGCUGGUUCAGCCCACCCAGUGUAGUGCCAGGGCGACAGAGGAACCUCGAAGUGUCCGAGGGCACACCAGUGGAGCUUUACUACAUGCUGCAGUCCACAGAAGGAGGGGAGUGCCACUCAGAGGAGGCCAGGAAGGACAGCUUCAUUCGCUCAAGCCAGGAGGGACUGUUUGGUUCCUAUACCUCCACACCACUGAGAAGGAUCGGUGGUGUGAGGCUCUACCAGAACCCCACUCCACCACUGCUUGCUGAACACAGGCUGGAUAAUAACUUUAUGGUCAUGGUGCCAGCCACACCCAUGAGACAGAGGGAAACCAUCUCUGCUUUUAUCACUGUGUCAGCCUACUCUCCCGUGGAGAUGUUUACUCUCAGCCCGUGAUGGAGGAGAAGACAUGUGAGACACACACAGA